AUGAUUGAUUCAUCCAUGGGGAAGAAAGGAGGAGCGAAGAAUCUCCCAAAAUCGGAGUCAAAAUCUCACAAUCCUAUUACACUGAGAGAAGAAGCCACUGGAAAAUUGAAAACGAAGCCAAUCGUUAACACAAAGUCACAUCUGAGAAUCGAUCAUUUGAAAAAGCUUGCGGUGUGGGCCACUACCGACUCUCACAUACCGUCUUUGAGUGCCUUCUAUGGUCAGCAUUUGGCCACCGUUUCAGAGGCCGCCGGUGUACCUCCUGAUCCUUCUCUACUCACCUGCCAAAGGUGCGAAACUGUUCUUCAUCCCGGCUUUAAUUCAACUGUACGAAUUGAGAAGAAUAGAUCAAAGGUCAGACACAGGCAAAAGAAGUUUAGCAACAUCGCCCAAAACAAUGUCGUGUACAAGUGCCAUUUCUGUUCACAUCAGAAUAUCAAGAGAGGUACCCCUAAGGGACAUUUGAAAAAAAUAUGCCCGGCGAAAGAUAAACCAUCAUUAGAAUCAAUGCCCGCUGCAAAACCAAUUGUACACAAAUCUUUAAAAUUAGAGAAACACAUGGUAAGCAAAGAUGAAGGUGGUGAAAUACACACUGUUGGUUCAGAAGUUGUAGUUAAGGACGUCGCCCCUAUUAAGGGUCUGGAAACUCCGUUUAGUACAAGUACACCAACAUUGUUAGAAGCAAAGAAGAGAAGUAGAAACAAUUCCGUGUCCAAGAACACGUUUGAAACUCCAAGCAUGUCUGCAAGAGUAAAUACUCAGAGCACUGCGAGCAAAAGACGGAAAAAAUCAUGGACCAGUUUAAAAGAAAUUGCUAAGAGCAAAGAGCGUGAUAACAGUAAAGUCACUAAUUUAACAAUCCCAUUUUUUUUAUAA